UUGAGACACCAUUUUGCUAUGGAAAUGGAGACCGUGCCACCACGCGACAUCAGCCAAGAUGAGAUCGUGGUGGACGUCCCCACGGUGGAUCCUACUCCGGGUCCUGAGAUCAAGAGUGCUCCGCCUCCUCCGGGUCCUGAGCCCACGGUGGAUCCUCCUCGGGGUCCUGAGAUCAAGAGUGCCGAGCUCAUGCGGGACCUGAGCAAGUACAUCCUGCUGCUCGCGACGCUGGUGGCCACGGUGACGUACGCCGCGGGGUUCAACCCGCCGGGAGGCGUCUGGCAGGACACUGAUGACGCCAUCGGCCGCCUCGCUGGCGACUCCAUCAUCCGGACUACCAGCUACCGCCGGUACCUGGUGUUCUACUACUGCAACGCCACCGCGUUCGCCUCGUCGCUGGUGGUCAUCGUCCUCGUCCUCUUCCUCGCCCUCCUGCGAGACAGGAAUAAGUGGAUCAGCAUGCGGCCGCUGCUGGCAGCCAUGGUGUUGGACCUGGUGAGCGUCAUGGGGGCCUACGCCGCCGGCACCUGCCGCGACAAGCUCACCACCAUCUACUCCUUGGUGCUGGUGGGCCUCGUCGUCCUCUACCUUGUCGGUCAGAUGGCGGUGGCUUCCUUCUGCUCAGGUCACUACUUCUACUCCCACAACGACCCCACCGCUGAUAAACGGCUCCGCAAGGUCCUGAUGCUACUCGCGACGUUUGCGGUGAGCGUCACCUACAUAGCCGGGAUGAGCACGCCAGGUGGCUUUUGGGACGACCCCGAGAGCGGCCACCGCCCCGGCGACGCGAUCCUCAAGGACAGCCACGGCAAGCGCCUGACGACCUUCUUGUGCUUCAACGCCAUGGCGUUCGUGGCAUCGCUGCUCAUCAUCGUGGUGCUUCUGGACAGGAAGCCCCGCUUGAAAGAGGCCUACGGGUGUAUCACCAUUGCGCUGAUCAGCCUCGUCGGCGCGUACACCGCCGGCAGCUGCAGGGAGACCGACACCACCAUCUAUGUCAUCAGCCUGGUUGGUGCUGUCCUCGCCUUCAUUAUAUUCCUCCAAGCUGUCAUUUAUUUCAAAGAAAAACUUACAACUGACCUCUGUUUCUCUGCAACUUCUAGGAAGGCAGCGGACAAGGCUAGCUCCCUUGUGCUGCUGCUCGCCACUCUUGCAGCGGCCAUCACGUACCAAGCGGGGUUGGACCCGCCGGGUGGAGUCUGGCAGGAGAACGGGCAAGGGCACAUGGCCGGCGACCCGAUCCUCCUGACGACGAAUCCUGGGCGGUACAAGGCCUUCUUCUACUGCAACUCCGUCGCCUUUGUGGCAUCCUUGGUCGCCAUCAUCCUGGUCCAGAACAAGCUUCUGCUCAAGACCCACGUGCUGGAGGCAGCCAUGGUAUUGGACUUGUUUGGCCUCAUCGGUGCAUACGCCGCCGGGAGCUGCCGGGAUGUAAGCACCUCCAUUUACGCCAUGGCCUUGGCAGGGGGCGUCCUGGUCUACGUGGUGAUCCAUGUCGUCUUCUUCACGCUGGACCACACCGACACCAUAACCCCGCAGGAAAUUGAGAUGGUGGAGAAGAGGCGCAAGCGGCUGCUCCUCUUCGCGGUCUUGGCCGCAACCGUCACUUACCAAGCCGGGUUGACUCCUCCAGGCGGUUUCCGGCUCCAUGACGAUGAGUCUGGUGGGUUUCAAGCAGGUGACCCGGUCCUCUUAAACAACUUCCCCCGCCGCUACACCGCCUAUUUCUACUGCAACUCGGUGAGCUUCAUGCUGUCCAUUGCCCUCAUCAUACUGCUGGUGAACCCACAUCUAUACAGGCCAGCCAUACGAAGCUAUGCGCUCGCUAUUUGCACGGCGGUGGGCAUGUUUGGCCUGAUGGGGGCCUAUGCUGCCGGAAGCACACAGCAUCUGAAAACAUCCAUCUACAUCUUCGCGCUGGUGGUUGUGGUCCUCUUCGUUAUAGCUGCACUGUUCCUAUUGUUCUUGAAUAAGAACAGAAACACCAGCAGUCAACCGAAGCCAGAGAACGGUGAGGACGAUAAGAAGACAACAUAUGCCAAGCAAAAAUACCUGAUGCUGCUAGGAAUCCUUGUGGCAAGUGUCACCUACCAAGCCGGCCUAGAUCCGCCCGGGGGAGCUUGGCAGCACAGCAGUGAAUGGUACGACGCAGGCAACCCGGUCAUGCAUGACAACAGGAGGCCCCGGUACCUCGCCUUCUUCUACAGCAACUCUACGUCCUUCGUGGCGUCCAUUGUUGUUAUCAUCAUUUUGCUACUGGAGUGGAAGGACAAGACGAAAAGGUCCCUCACACUCAGGGUGUUGAGCACGACGAUUGUGCUGGAUUUGCUCGCUCUCUUGGUGGCCUACGCAGCAGGCUCCAGCAGGGGGUGGAAGACGUCUGUGUAUGUCGUUGCACUGAUCAUUGCCGUGCUGGCCUACAUUGCAAUUCAUGUAAUCCUGGCAUUCCUGUGUUCACAUCCUGAUGACAGUUCUCAGCACCCGGAAAAUCCUCCUCCGAUACAGGAGGAGGCGAACGGUGGGAAUCAGGCAUAGUUAGCUGCAGUAUCGCCCCCUUUAUUAUCAGUGUGCUGUGCAGUUCUGUUCAUGUGAGAUAGAGAGAGUACUCGAUGUGAGUACGACACACUUGCCAAAAUUCAAGGUAGUUUCUCUUUUUUGUAUUUUCAUUUCUCACCAUUUUGUGCCCCAAUUUGAUCUAUUGCUUAACAUUAUGUAAGAUAUAGUACAACAGGGGGGGAAUCUGAUUAGAUUCUUUUUGGGAGUGUCUAUAUAGCACUCUUGACUGAUUUCCAAUUGGCCAACUGCCUCACCCCCGCCCGUUGCCACGGCAUCCGUGUAAUUGCUGGCUCCAGCUCGGGCUCAACAGAAUUGAAGAUGGAAGAGGAUAUUUCUUUUUGCAAGAAAAUUCUGGUCGUUGUCGAAGCGGAAGUGAAUAUCCGUUUUUCUCUACACCUGUUCUUAGAUAUCUGGUGCUCAGCUUUGUCGGGUUUCUUCUAUCCUCUUCUCCCGGUACAUCUGCAGUUUACUUUACUUAUUAACUGGAUUAUUCAAAAUCACUAAUGCUAGUAUGUUGGAGUUGACCAAAAAGGGCAACUCCUUUGCCUCAUGAAUAUUCCGACUCGGGUGCAGACCUGAAUCCAGUGGUUGUGGUAGGUUCACACGCAGUGUAUUAAUCCAUGGUAAGUGGCCGAGCCAGGAUUGGAGUAAACACCGGUCCAAAAAAAAUUGGCGAGACGGAUUUUUUUACCGCCUAUAACUAUCCCUGAAGUACCUCAUAGCCACUAAAAACAUACCACAUGCAAAAGCAAACAAUAUGGCUCAAUUGCACAAUUAAACUAGAAUUUAAACUCAAUGCUUAUGGAUCCUUAAAUCUGCGAAGCUACAUGCUACAUGGUAUGAAUUAUUUUUUUGUAUUAAGACAAAAAAACACCUUUUCUGUCAAGAGAAAACACACUUCACUUGAGACAUAACAUAUUAGUAAUGCUUUACCUCAAAGAAGUAGUAGGUCAGAAGUUCUGCUCGAGUGUGUUUAUUUUCUUGGACGAAAUGUGUUGCUGCAGCUGUUUGGCACCGUGCACAAGGUCUAGCAAACAGCUCCUGCUAAAAAAAAUGAACGUGCUGAACACAUCAAAUCUGCUUCAAUUUAAAGCGGCAGAACUAAGCACAUAGUUGUGGGCACACCAGCAAAUAAAUCUAAAUGUAUGAAGAAUAAAUCUUCAGAAAGGCGUGGUCAAUAGAACAGUUUGCUGGAACACUCUGUCGGGAGGGCGACGGGGCGGCGGGCCGUCGGGCCGGCGGCACAAGAUAGGCGGCUGCUGGGGCCGGCAAGGCGCCGGCUAGGGAACACUGCCGCCAUGCCACGAGUUAGGGAUCGGGGUGUGGACGCAGGGGAUUACGGGGGAGCGAGGAGCAGGGAGGCGGGAGGGAAGCGCCGGCCGGUGCAGGGGGAAGGUGCGGCUGUCCAGUGUCCGGGGCGCUGCCGAGCCAGUUCGCAUCGCUGGUCGCACGGGCUA